UGUGUUUCUUAAUUUAUAUCGAUAUAUAUAUAUAUAUACAUGACUAUAGUCUUUUAUAUAAAGUUGUGUGUAUUGGAUAAAUCUAGUGGAGGUGGUUUGGUUCAUUAUUACUAUUAUUAAGUCAUGGGAAGACAACCUUGUUGUGAUAAACUUGGUGUGAAGAAGGGUCCAUGGACAGCCGAGGAGGACAAGAAACUCAUCAAUUUUAUACUCACAAAUGGCCAGUGUUGUUGGCGUGCCGUGCCUAAGCUCGCUGGACUCCGUCGCUGCGGCAAGAGCUGCCGGCUUCGUUGGACUAACUAUCUUAGGCCUGACUUGAAGAGAGGUCUUCUUACCGAAGAUGAAGAACAGUUGGUUAUCGAUCUUCAUGCUCGUCUUGGCAAUAGGUGGUCCAAGAUAGCAGCCAGAUUACAAGGACGAACUGAUAAUGAGAUUAAGAAUCAUUGGAACACCCACAUCAAGAAAAAGCUUCUUAAGAUGGGGAUCGAUCCGGUUACUCAUGAACCCUUGCAUGAUAAUCACAAACCUAAGCCAGGCGAUGAACUUAGUUCAUCUCAUGCUAACCAUCAUCGUAUGCCAGAAUCUGGUGAUAAUAACAACUCAAGUUCAUCACCAACUGAAAAUUGUUCAUCAAGUACUACUACUACUACUACUACUAAUAUAUGCACUGAUGAGACACUACUGAAUAGUCUUUGGAUGGAUGAUGAUCAACAUCCCCUAGUUGAUGUCAUUUCUUGCAACAACAACAACAACAACCUGCUGCCACCGGCAAUGGAAAAUCACGGCGAGACGGUGCCUAGCUUGCCUUCUUUAGAGGAUGAUUGUGCUUUUUUGUUCGACUGUCAAGAUUUUGGGGUUCACGAUUAUGGUCUGGAUUAUUGUUUCAGUGACAUUAAUGAGUUUAGUACAGGACUGAACUCAUUAGAGAUGACCAACAAGCACUAGUAUAUGUGUGUGUAUACAUACAUAUAUAUGUGUAUAUAUAUACACACACACACAUAUGAUGACGAUAUGAAGCUCCAAAAUCACAGGUUACAAAGGGUCAUGUCUAGCUAGCUACAUAUGAUUAUAUGUAGUAGUCAUUGAUCAUGAUCAUUUUGUGUUUUCUCUGUAGUGUUAGAUUUUGUGUACCAUGUAUGUGUUACUUUACCGGCUUUAUAUAUA